ACACUUAAUAAAUCAAAAUGGCUGCUACCACAGAAAAUACGGAAAUUGAUCGGAAAAUACAGCUUCUCUUACAGAAAGAUAUCCCCGAACAUCGCAAGUCAUUACAAGAUAGCCAUGUUAAUUUAGAAAAUGUUGCUCGAUAUUGUAUGAGCAAUUAUAAUCAAAAUGCUGAUAAAUUUACGGCACUAGAAACAACCAAAAAUUACACUACUCAAUCUUUAGCUAGUGUUGCUUAUCAAAUAAAUAACCUGGCUUCUAGCUUCUUAGAACUGUUGGACUUACAGUCGGAUAAACUCUCAACAAUGGAAAGUUCUGUUAAUCACUUGAACCAAACUGUUAUGAUUCAUAAAGAGAAAGUUGCUAGGAAAGAAAUUGGCCUAUUAACUACAAAUAAAACAACAUCUAGACCGCCAGGAGUUAGACAGCCGGGAAUCAUCUUCCCAGAACAGUCGGAAAAAACUCCAAAAUACCAAAGACAACCCAUUAAAUUUGAUGUCUUUGAUGGUAUAGGGCACUCUUAUAAGCCGGCUCAUCAAAAUAAACCAAAAAGGUCUAAUUCAUCGGCUGGAGCACCAGGAACUCCACCGUUAAACAGAAUAAGUCAUGGGAGUCUACAAAAUCCUUACGGGACCGUUGGUCGAAUGGAUAGGGAGAAAUAUCGCCAUAUGGUUCCUGCCGUUAAUGCUCCAACAGUUCCACCAACACACGCAGCAAAUUUCCAAGGAUCACGAAUGAGCGAUUUCAACAAUAGAGGAAGUUAUCAAGGCGAGAACGAUAUUCCACCACCACCUCCCAUUUCAACCCAUCCUAUGCAUGAUGUGGAUCCAUCUUUACCCCCGCCGCCUCCAGAAUCUAUUUACGGAAGUGUUCAACCAGCUUUACGUAACAGAUUGAGCUCUGAGGAAAUACCACCACCUCCCUACGACCAGUCACUGGCUCCCCCGCCUAUGUUUGCACAGCCUGAUGCUGUUUAUGACGCUUUUACAAAUGUUCAAAGACAAGCAGGAACUGGUUUAAUGAGACAGCCUGGACAAUACCAAAGUAGCGAGGAACAGAGUUGGAUUCCUCAAAAUUAUAUUGAAAAAGUUGUUGCCAUCUACGAUUAUGAAAGUAGUAAAGAAGACGAAUUAACUUUUACGGAGGGUGCUAUCAUAUACGUAUUAAAGAAAAACGAAGACGAUUGGUGGGAAGGGGUUAUGAAUGGAGUUACUGGACUCUUUCCCUCGAAUUACGUCGAAUCAUGUGAGCUUGGUGAAUCUGUUGUUUGA